GGCUGAUACAGAACCGAUCUACUGGUCCUGGGUCCGUGCGAUAGCAGCUGAGCUUGUCCGCCAGACCCCCUUCCGUUCCCGGCGUUGCCUGAACUUCCUGGAGAUCCUCACAAUUUGCCCGCGAGGUCCCCUGGCCCUCCCGGAGAGUCCGCCGGACUCCCGCCGUCGUUCACGAAGUGAACUCCGUUGUUGGCUGGGUGACUCGCCCCUCGAGAAAUCCCUCCACAGUUCGUCUAUCCUAGACGACACCCGAAGACGAGCGAGAAGCGAAUUGCGCUGCUGGUCGAGUAGCAAUUCCAGUGACGAAGACAUUGUCGGGGAGUUCCGCUCCAUCCCCGCUGUCCUUCCGAAGACUCAACCCACGAGGACCUGGGGCUGCAGCGAGAGCAGCGAGGGAAGUGACGACAGCCUUCCCUGGGGUGCCAACACCACCACAAUCUCUCUACCUGAAGCACCUACGAGAGAACAAAGGAUCCAGCGGUACAAGGAGGCAAGGAGACGGGAGAACGAAGCCAGGACGAAGAGGGUUCUCGAGGAAGACGCGAGAAGGCGGAAGGCCAGAGCCGAGGAGAACAACAACGACGUGAGGUACCCAAAGCUUCGGAAUCGCUUGUUCCGAGACGAUGAUCUCAAGACAGCCAACAUUGUCGACCUCAGCAACUUCACGGAGAGGCUGCCGCCGAUAAAACCAGUGGAGUCCCGAGUCCUUCCACACAACAGGAGUCUAGAGGACUCGAGGAACAACAACAUCAACAGCUCCAGGAGUUCGAGCGUCCUUAUGGACGUGAUGACGAGGGUUGAGACGAAUUACCUGGCGUCGGAACGAAGAAGUCGGGCGAGGGAGAGGAAGUCUUUGAAGACAGAAGUGCCUUUGCAGGUUCGUCCGGUAGCUGUUCCCGAGCCGAAAGACCUGACGUCGAACAUCCUAUCCAGGAUUCCUGUCUCGAGGACGACGGCCCGAGCGAGCUCCAGCCCUAGGGGAUCUAGGAUCGAGUCGAAGGACGUUGUUGACGCCAGAGACAGAUCUCUAGGGCAUAUUCCGAGGAUCGGGGGGAGUCCAAGUGCCUUGACGAUAUGUGCGAAAACCUCCUGUGAGGAGGAUGUCGCCAGGUUACUGGAGAGGUGCCAGAGGGUCGAUCAUUAUGUUCCUGUAAGGGAGAAACUUAAUCUGUUUGAGUCGCUAUCGAGAAUGGGCGGAAGACUGGCGAGGAGCACUGAGGACCUGGGGAGAUCCUCUGCGAAGAGCAGUCCUGAGGGCAAGCAGAGGGCUCGAUCACUUCAUGAUCUCAAUCGGGGGGCCAAGGCUGUUCCUGUCAGGGAGAUGUGCAGACUCUUCGAGGGGGAUCAGGAGACGUCGAGGAAUAACGAGGUUCUGAGGAAUUUGGAUCCACCUUGUGUCAGGGCUUCCACGAGACGGAGACACUAUCUUAAAUGACAGGAGUCACCAAAGAAUGGAAUUGCCAACUUGUUCAACUGUUUCUGAGGGUCGGUAAAUUGUGAUUUGGGGGUUCCGUUUGAGAUUGAGGUUAUGGAACGUUGAGGGCACUCUUCGCCAUCAAUAUGGCCGGUUUGAGAGGCCUCGGGAGUAAAAAGAAGUACUGAAAUGCAGCGGGGAGUGAAAACAUUUGGAGGGUAGCUUGAAAAAUUCGUUCAUUUUCUGGAAAUUGACAGGAUAAAAUUGAAGGUGAUCUGAAAAGGAUGAAUAAAUUUGAGAAAUGUUGGAAAAUACGAGGUGGCGGACAGGUGUGGGCGCCAUGUUACUUGGAUACCUCAUCCUUCUGCCACAGGGGGAUUUAAAGAUGGCGACGCCCCCACCUCGUAUUUUUCAACAUUUCUUAAAAUUAUUGAUCAUAUUCAGAUCACCUUCAACUCGCUUUUCACUGAACAUUCAUCGCGGAAUGUUUUCCCCGCAUUUUUUUACUCCAUUCAUAGGUGGCGUUUUCAUUACCAAUUUGUUUUUUGAUAUUGAGGUUAUGGACAACUGGGUUCGCCAAUUAACGUUGAGGGCGCUCUUCGCCAUCAAUAUGUCCGGUUUGAGAGGCCUCGGGAGUAAAAAAAGUACUGAAAUGCACCGGAGAGUGAACAUAUUUGGAGUGUAGCUUGAAAAAUUCGUUUUUUUCUGGAAACUGACAGGAAAAAAAUGAAGGUGAUCUGAAGAGGAUGAAUAAUUUUGAGAAAUGUUGGAAAAUACGAGGUGGUGGACAGGUGCAGGCGCCAUGUUGCUUGGAUACCUCAUCCUUCUGCCACAGAAGGCUUUAAAGAUGGCGAUGCCUCUGUCUCGUAUUUUUAAACAUGUCUUAAAAUUAUUUAUCGUAUUCAGAUCACCUUCAACUCGCUUUUGACUGACAAUUCAUCGCGGAAUGUUUUCCCCGCAUUUUUUUACUUCAUUCACAAGUGGCGUUUUCAUUAUAGAUUUGUUUUUCCUUUUUGGUGAUAAAACAGGUUAAUUCAUACAAUAACACGGUGUUACUCCGGUAAAUCUUCUCUUCCCCCAAAAGAAAUUGAACUGUUGGCAAAACAACAAAAAAAUAUUGAAAGAAAUAUUCAGAGUGGAAACAAUUAAUGAUGUUUGUUCAAGCAGGUCUGAAUAAUGUAAUAACGACUAAUUUUUGUACAGAUAAAUUAAUGCUAGAUUUUUUUAUUACAUCGUCAAGCAUGGAAAUAACUUAUGAUAUAUGUAAAAAAAACAUUGUGUGACAAUUGUAUUUUUUUUUGUAUUCUUGUUGAAAAUGUAAUUUGUUUACGAACGCGUGAUGAGUUUUUUGUACAGUAGAACAAAUAGGAGAAGCUGAUGGACUUGCUUAGGGAAAUUCUGCUUCGUUGUAAUUUUCAAAUUGAAAAUUCGUUACUGAAGAUGAGAAAAUGUUCGGAAAAUGAAAAAAAAAGUCUGAAAGAAAAAGAAUAAUUUCUCUUGGUGAAAAUGUAUUUCUUUUUGUUGGGAUUUCUAAAGCAGAAUUGCGUCUUCGUUGAUGAGUAAUAUAUAUUUUUUGGCCACUCGCCAAAGAGGUCCUCUAGUCCUGAAUAAAAGUCAUCGUUGAGAUUGUGAAUUCAGUGGAAAAAUCGAUGACAAUUUUUGUUCCCUAUUCUUUGAAAUGUCAAUUCCCCUCCUUUUCCUUAUGUUCAUUGUCACCUUGUAAUUAAAUUGUUUUUCCCUCGAGAUGUUGAGCUAGAUGUAAAAUAUAUAAUUUUGUAAACAAAAUGUUUCUUUGUAAUAAAAUUCAGACGAACAGCAGCUGCAUUUGUGAAAGCCGUUGAAACGUCUAUUUUGGUAAAUUUUU